CUGACAGAGGUGGUGUGUCUGGAGUCAGAACUAAAGGACGGACAGAUGAUGGAGGUGGAGGUGGGACGUCACAACGUUCUGUUGGUACGGAGUGAAGGCAUAUACAGCGCCAUCGGCAACCAGUGUACACACUACGGAGCUCCCUUGAGCAAAGGGGUUCUAUCAGGGCACAGGGUGCGAUGCCCGUGGCACGGUGCCUGCUUCAACAUCCAGACAGGAGACCUGGAGGAAUACCCUGGCAUGGACUGUCUACCCUGUCACACGGUGAAAGUCGAAAACAACAAAGUGUAUGUGUCCGUAAACAAAAAGGCAGCGAGACAGACCAAACGAAUAAAGAGUAUGGGAUCCAGAGUAGAAGGUGUCAUCCACACCAUCCUACUGCUCGGAGGAGGGUCUGCGUCGUUAGUGUGUGCGGAAACUCUGAGACAGGAGAACUUCGGAGGCAGAAUCAUCAUGGUAACCAGGGACAACCUUCUGCCCUAUGACAAAACACGACUCAGCAAGGUAAUGAAUGUGGAGGAUGACAGCAUUUUGCUGAGGAGGAUGGAGUUCUUCCAUAAACACGACAUCGAGGUGUGGCUCCGCAAAGAGGCCAUGUCGUUGGACACAGAGAAGAAGAAAGUAACAUUUGAUGACGGUUCAGUCCAGAGCUACGACCAGCUCCUCAUAUCCACAGGCUGCAGAGCGAAGGGUCUGGAGUGUCCAGGUAAAGACCUGGAUAAUGUAAAGAUGCUGGAGACACCAGAGGAUGCAAGGCAGAUACAUGUUGCCUGUAUGGGCUGUCAUAUCGUGAUCGUGGGGACAUCCUUCGUUGGCAUGGAGGUGGCAUCCUAUAUGACAGACAAAGCCACCAGCAUCACAGUGAUUGGCAGCAGUGAGCUACCCUACCAGAAGACCUUGGGCCCUGAGAUUGGCAAGGUCACCAUGAUGAUGCUUGCAGAGAAGGAUGUGGCGUUUUAUAUGAAUGACAAUGUGUCAGAGGUCCGCGGAGAGAACGGAAAGGUAAAAGAGGUUGUGCUGAAGAGUGGGACAGUCAUUCCUGCUGAUGUUUUAAUAGUUGGCAUAGGUGUGAUCCCUAACUCAGAGUUCCUGCAGGGUACUCCCAUAGCGAUGGACUCUAAGAGCUCAGUCAUAGUGGACAAGUGCAUGAGGACCAAUGUUCUUGAAGUGUUCUGUGGAGGAGACCUGGCUACCUUCCCCCUGACAAUGGCCAAAGACCAGAGGGUCAAUAUAGGACACUGGCAGAUGGCACAGGCACACGGGAGAGUAGCAGCCCUGAACAUGCUGAAUAUACCCACUGAACUAAACUCUGUCCCUUACUACUGGACCGUCCUACUGGGGAAGACCAUCAGAUACACAGGCUAUGGGGAAGGAUACACUGACAUCGUGGUAAAAGGGAAAGUGGAGGAAAAAAAGUUCCUGGCCUUUUAUAUCAAGGAUGAUGAGGUAAUAGCAGCAGCCAGUCUGAACUAUGACCCAGCUGUUUCUGCUGUGGCCGAGAGGUUCGCUGCAGGAAACACCAUCACUAAGAAAGAGGCUGAAUCAGAUGACCUGAGGUGGCUGAAGCUGAAACUGUCCUGA